UUGUACCAUGAACAUUGUUCGAUUCAUCUUAUCUCUUGUAUUUUUUUCAGCUACAAGUUUAGCACAUUUUGCUGAACUUGCAGGGAAAAAAAAUGAGACUUUAGUGCUACUGCACGUGUUAUUUAGACACGGUAAUCGAACACCCGAUAAAGCAAGUCUAUUUCCCAAUGAUCGUUACACCGAAGAAACUUACGAACCGUUUGGUUACAGCCAACUGACCACUAAAGGGAAAAAGACUGAAUACAAUAUUGGCAAAUACUUGCGAAAAACAUAUGGAGACUUCAUUCCUGAGCAAUACAGCCCCGAUGUUGUUUAUGCCAUUUCCACUAAUGUGAAAAGAACUAAAAUGUCGCUGCAGUUGGUCCUUGCUUCGCUGUUUCCACCCCUUUGGGGAGAGACUCUUGAGUUUGGUUUACACUGGCAACCGGUUCCUUUCAAUAUCGAACAAGGAGGAAAUUUAAUCAGUGUAGCCCAAAGUUACUGCCCAAAUUACAUUACCGAAUAUUACAACUACGUUUUGUCAGACGAAGCACAAGAAAUUCUUGCCAAAUACAAGGACCUGUAUGCAAAACUUAGCAGAUAUUCUGGAAUGGAAGUUCUCACGCCCAAAGACGCUGCUAAUAUUUAUUUCACAUUCAAAUGUGAAGAAGAUUUUGGAUUGAAAUUACCAGAAUGGGCAUCAGAAGUUUAUUCCGAAAUUUUAGAAGACGCUGCAGCUGUUGACUACGAAAUUUCUACUGCUACCACUGAUCUUAAAAAAUUGUCUGCAGGAUUUUUGCUGAAAAAAAUUAUAAAAGAUAGUUUAGCAAAACAAAAUGGGACUUUACCGGAAAAAAGAAAAAUCUUUUUAUAUUCUGCACAUGAAUGGAACGUGGCUACCAUGUUGAGGACUUUGAAUGUAUUUUCAAGACACGUGCCCCCUUUCGGGGCUACUGUAAUCUUUGAGAUUCACCUCAUCGAUGGGAAAUAUGGUUUAAAGCUAUAUUAUCAAGAUUACAAGCAGACGGAUCCCAAACUCCUAGUAAUUCCUAGAUGUUCCAGUUUCUGUCCUCUUGAACAACUUAUCGAGAUUGUGGGUGAAAAUCUACCUACUGAAGGCGAUGAGUGCAGCACUACAGAAGAACUUAUGUAAAAUGUAAUAUCUGAUGUGCACAACAAAAUAUGAAUAAAA